GAAUGAAGUGACAACGUGACCGGAGUCCGCAAGGGCGGUUUGUUUUUCUUGCCAGCGCGUGCCUGUCGCCCGCGCCCUCCCGUCCCACUUUUAGUAGCUCGCUCUCGCCAGCGAACCGCCCGGAACGAGUUGUUGGGCUUGCGGGGUCGUACGCAUACCGUACGCACUACGAAGUGCGAACGUACGAACCCCUCGCCCGUUUGAACGAAACUGGAAGAUGGGGGCGCGCGCGCGCGCGCGUUGUCACAGAGAUUAGAAAGAGUUGAAAGUUGUGUCGGCGUUCGCUUUUGACCUCAGCGGUCCUCCUCUUUUCUUUUUGUGAUUGUCGCGUUUUUUCAAGCCCCCCAUUCGGCGGUCAGCGAUCGCUGCGUGGUUCUCAUUUCGCGCUGCCGUAUGUUCGCCGUCGGCCGAUCGGCUUGGAGGACAACGUGUAGGCGUCUCCCGCCCGUGCAAACAAGAGCGCGCCAGCAAAAAAGAAACGUUGAGUUCGCGGAAGCGAGCGCCUUGAGCGGGCCGCGCGCAGCGGCAACUGCGCGCUUUGGGUGUCGCGCUGGCUGCGAGUAUCGUGUUCGGGCGCCCCGUCGCUCUAGCGUGCUCUUGAUGUCACCUUCGUCUGGGCGCUGCUGCGGUUUGCGGACGUGCGAGUGCGUCGUUGCCUUUGCAUGUCGCGCGUGGACCGGGAACACGAGAACGAGAUGGACGAGUGGGAAAGACAGGAGACGGGAACCGGAAUCCCGUAUUACGUGAACCAUCGAAAGGAGAAGACGCAGUGGGAUCAUCCUGAAAUGGUCCUCAUCAUUGAGAAGCUAACGUCGUUCAACGACAUAAAGUAUGCUGCAUACAGAACUGGAGCGAAGCUAAUCUACCUUCAAAAAGAACUUCUAUUCAGCAACGUGCACGUGUCCAUGCUGGGCAGCGUGUUUGGGGCGCAUGGCCUAGAAGGCGCGUCCCAGCACGAGCUGCUGCUGGGCUGCGCGCAGGUGGAGGCCAUCUUGGAAGACCUUUACAAGCGCGCUCCCGGGGUCCAUCAGCAGAAAGUUCCUCUUCUUGCUUCGCUCGCCCUCAAUCUGCUCCAGAACCUUUUUGACGCCAAGCGUAAAGGGACAAUACAAGUUUUGCAGAUGAAGAUAGCAUUGUUUGUUUUCUGUGCUGGGCGACUGCUGGACAAGCUCAAGUACAUUUGCAAUGAGCUACAAGACGGCACUCAUCGCAUUUCCUAUGAAGAGCUUGAAAGCUUCCUACACAAUAUCUCAAAGAUUCCGGAGUUCCUUGGUGAAAAGCUUUCGUUUGGUGCGCAUUUUGUUCCUGCUGCUGUGGAGAGCUGCCGAAAGCUCGCGCCAGCAUUGCCCGCCAUUCCUGAUGACAUGUUCCUCAACUGGCUGCUCCGGGAACCACAAAACCUCGUUUGGAUCUCAACCUUCUACAGGAUGAGGUCCACUGAAAAUGUUGCACACCCAAUGAAAUGUGGAGCAUGCAAGACGUACCCCAUCGUUGGUCUAAGGUACCAGUGCCUUCAGUGCCUCAACUACGACUUGUGCCAAAGCUGCUUUUUGCACGGCAAUGUCAGCAAGAACCAUUCCAUCAAGCACCGAAUGCAAGAGCACUGCCAACAGACUUCUUCCUGGGAAAAAGUCAAAGGCGUCCUGAAGACUAUCAGCCUGAAGAUCCAGCGCUGGAAGCGUGAACCCAGGCCCAGCUACCUUCCCCUGCAAGCCAACCCUGAACCCAAGCCUCCAGCACAAAGCCCGAAAGCGUAUCGAGUGCCGCCGUCGGAUGAAGUGGACUGUGUGAAGUCAGCAGCUCACAAUAAUGCGCUCAUGGCACCAUGCUUGGACACCCUCCACCAGCAGGAGCUGGAGAGCAUCAUCGAGCGGCUCGAACGAGAGAACAGGAACCUUGCCCGUGAGGUAGCGGCCAAAGAACUCGGCACGGGUAGCCCAACAUCGGUGCCUUCGUCACCUCUCCGGCAGCGCUACCUCCACCAGCACCUGGCGCAGGUGGAGGUGCAGCUGAAACGCAUGCGCAGUCUUCUUCAGGUGCUAUCGAGAGAGGAGACGAGUGGCGUGGAUCCCGUGAUGUGCGUCCCCAAUGGGGUGCCUGGUGGCGGUGGUCAUCCGUGCUUGGCUCCAGCGGGGAACAACCUUGCCUGGCUCCAGAGCACGCCGGCCAAUGGUGGGCGGAUGCCAUGCAAAAGCAUGGAUCGGUUCAUGGAGAUUCACAAUGGUCUCAAAGCCAUGGAGGCCCCCCUGAAUGCACCCACCCCUCCACCCCCACCACCAACGCCGAGUGUCGUCUGGGAGCUGCGCCGGGACGUGGCUGCAAGUUCAUCCACGCUUCCAGAACCGCCAUCGCCAAUUGCCUGCGCCCCUCCUUCAGAGAUUGUCAGCGCCUGCGCUAACAAGGGUACACUGGACUCUGCAAAGGAGUGCACCUUUGGCGACCUGACGUCACCGGUGCAGUCGACCUUCAUGGUGGACCCUGCCAGCACCACAGGGUUGGGCAAUGGCUGUCCUGCAGCACUACCCGGGCUGCCCCUCGACGGAGAGCUGGAGAGCAUUCUGCGGCAACUGGAUGACCUGCUGUCCGAACCCAAACAAGGUUACAACUCAGUGGUGGUGAAGAACCACGUCAUGGAGACUGUCAAUCAGGUUCAGCAAGUCAUGGACAGGAUGAAACAGACCUGCUAAAAAAGGAAUUUGCACCACUGCAUCUUGAGGACCACAGUGUUUUUUGUAGAUCCCCGUUUUAAGUUUGAAAUGCCUUAUUUCUUUCUUUUCUGUACAGUUGUAAGAUUUUUAAACAAUUAUGACAAAACUGCGUAUUGUUCGUAUUUCACGCUCCUUUAGCAUGUAGAGAAAGUUGUGCGCAGUCAAACCUUGUUAUUAUAAAACCUGUAUGCAUUGCAGUUUUCAUAUAAUGAUGCCACUUGUAAUGAGUACAGUUACCAUGGUAGACUUUCGUUUACUGUAUCAUGUAUAGGAUGUUUCUGAAACAAGUCCCACAGCGGUGCAGUUCACUGUUACAAUCAACAGUUUCUUUUUCUUAGUUAUUUUAUAACUGGACUGCAUUUUAAUGGAUUAUUGGGUACAGUUGUCUGAAUAUAAAGUGCUUCUAUGGUUAUACUUUAAUGAAGUCUCUGUUCCCUGACGCAACGAAAAACACAAGAUCUAGCGUGGAACUUAUAACAAUGUCAACUGUUCAUUUUGGCAGGGGUCAAAAGUGUGCUAUUUGCGAAAGCACCAUGCUGAGUUGCUGUACUGCGUGUGGGAUGAAGCAAGCAUAGGGAUUUUAAUUCCACGCAGUCACAUUCAACAUUACUGUCGCAUUGUAAGCGUUGACCUUACCAUAUUCCGUUGUGUAUCAUUACUGCAGAUCGGAUUGAAAAGCAUGGAAUACAGUAGAACUUUGUUGAUAUUGUUACGCGAAAAAGGACUAAGAACUGGAGGCUAUUUACAUAGUCUAUUUACAAAGAAUAACUACAGCGCUGGCCAGUUCAACCGACAGCUCUUCAGCCAGAGAGCGUUCGUUCUCUUCGUCGGGACGCCCGCGUGCAUCGUCCACGAGAAACACACAAUAUGCAUGUAUCAUUAUCCCCGGUGGCAGAAGCACCGUCUCAGUGCGUCUAAAUAUCGGGAGAGUAGUAUUGCUUGAGGCAUGCGACAUGCACAACGUCAGUGGAAUUCGGGGCAGAUGAGGCACUGGUACUGACUGGGGUGAUUUCGUAAGUAACUGGAGUCGCAGCCUGCAGCACUCGAUAUGGGCCUGUGUACCAAGAUGGGAGUUUUUCUGACAGGCCAACAUGACUAGUCGGCACUACACGAGUACCAGAGAUCCAGGCGAAAAAUGGACGUAUCUGUGUUGGCAAUCUUACAAACGCCGUUGCUUCUCUUGGGAGGUCAGGAGGCGAGUGCGGGCAAUUUCGCGUGCUUGGGCUGCCCUGGUGAUGGCGUCAAGUGCAUAUUUGCUGGUCUCUUCUGCGGUGGAUGGAAGGGAUGCAUCCAGUGGCAAUGUGGGUUCUCGACCGAACAACAGAAAGAACGGGGAAUAAGCGGCAGUGUCGUGACGUGAAGAAUUGUAUGCAAAAGUGACAUAGGGUAGGGCAAGGUCCCAAUCAGUAUGGUCGGACGAGACAUGCUUGCAGGACAUACUUUGCAAGCGUGUCUGUUAGGCUGUGGUUCAGAUGCUCCGUGAGACCAUUAGUCUGUGGAUGGUAAGACGUAGUCGGCUUGUGCUUCGUUGGGCAGAGGAACACGCAAUAUGCAUGUAUCAAUAUGUUCUGAAAAAAAUCAUGUGAGAAAGAACAUAAUAUUCGGGUAAACAUAUGAUCCAAAGUCACUAAAAAAUUUGUCAGACUCGAUUGUAAGUGUCACAUAAUGUGAAGCGUUGCGCAAAUCAUUGUGCCACGAGGCACCGACGUGUGCUAAGCAGGUGGUGCCAGGGUGCCUCGAGAUGCGCAUUGCUGUUUUUGUGGCUUCGGCUAGCUUACGUUUACGCUUCUCGAUUUCGGCCUAGGUUAGCAGCUCCUUUGAACAGAGCAUUUUGGCAGGAAGUUCUGAUUAGCCCACUCAGCGCGAAUCGUUGUGGCAUGAGAUGUUGACUUGGCAUCAAGCAGGUGGGGCGUGUGUGGCCUGACGUAUUGUCGUUUUCUUAUUGGGUAGCAACCAGAAACCGAAAUGAAAUUAAGCCAAUGAGCGGCGUCAGAGUGUGAUGCUGCCAGAGCAAAACAUGAUGCUCACUUCGUCCAGCCUGCAGCAGAGAACAUGCGGCAUGUUUGGUUUAUAGCCUUCCAAAAGUGUGCAGUACGCUUCUAAUGGCGCUUUGCCAUGCAGGGUUGGCCGUGAUAGCUGUGGAUGUGGCGUGCAACCCACUAGGAGAUUUGUUGGUACCUAUAUAGGAAACUGAGUGGACACUGACGUUUUCGUAUGACACGUGCGGGCGACUACCAUGGGAAAGCUGCUGCGGCAGGCAGCUACUGUUCUCGAUGCCGCGCCUUUUCUUGUUUUUAUUGGAUAUAGCAGCCAGAAGCUGUAUCGUACGAUUGCAGUUUGGCGACAUACUGAGCAUUGGUGCCGAAAGGUAGUGUUUCUACUUUACCGGUAAAAUGAAAAUUCAUUGACGAUUACGAUACUCCCUAAUGUGAAAUUUGAAUGUAGCUCUAUACACAUUUUCGUUUCACAAUAUAUUGGCUGGUGUAGACAGUCUGUCUCAUGCGACAUGUUGCAAAUGAACCAUAGUGUGCCACAACUGCCUCGCUAAUCGGGAGAUCAAGAGAGGCAGUGCGUGGGUGACGCGUGGGCAUAAUUCGUAGCAGCUGCCAUGGACAGACCUCUGCUCAUGCAGUGCUUUGUUUUCAUACAGGCAACGCAUGCUACUCUGGUGCCAUCUUGUAGAGCCACCGUCGCCACAAAGUCCAUCUUGUGCGGCGCUACGCAUCUCGUGUCACGCUUUCACCAUACCCUCCUCCUCCGUUUUCCUCCUCAUGCUCUCUUCACUAUCGCCGUCUUUCUUUUCCCGCUGCACUCUGCAUUUUCUUUCAUCCUUCGUCGGGCUCGUUUGCUCGGUUACGAGGGACAACACUGACGCUCGCCGCAGGAAUGGGCGCCUAAGUGCUCCACUCUAAGAUAAGCGCGACUUUAUUGGAUCAUGUCUUGUGCCUUCAGUCGUGAACAUUAGCGUUGAAAAAUCACGCGAAACGGGAUCAUAUCAACGAUGUUCUACUGUACUUUCCACAUACAUUGCGAAUGAAACCUUAACAUUGUUAUAGUAAAUUGUUAUAUCUUUGUUUUUCUUGUCAAGCCCAUUUUUCAUGGGCCCAAUUGCAUAUUUAUUUAUAUUUCCGGUUUCUAGGCAUCCAUUUUUGUGACUUAUUUGGUAUGGCAAGUGCAUUUCCAUGACUUUAUGACACUGCUCAGUUGUUCGGGGGGUCUUUUGUGUUUGAGAAGAGGCAAUGACAUUCCUAUUACAUACUGCCAUUAUUGGUUUGCGUAGUAUGUUAGUAGAUGAGGGGAGUUGCAUGUUAUAUGAACUCUCUAAAGCUGUCACACUUGUUUUACUAAGCUUUUGUUGUCAUUUUCUCUUUACUAAAGUUAACAAAACCACAGAAACGUAAUUGUCGAUUAAUCAUAGCCUAUUGCUCAAAUGGACAGAAAGCCAUGCUUCAGAUAACGGGAAACAUUGCAUGAAACUGUGCUAAAACUUUGAAAGGAUGUAAACGAAGCCAUUUCAAGCUUCAAACUGGCCUGUGCUUUUCAUGGGCCAUAGUUGUGUGAGAAUAGACUUAUCACUGCACUGUAUGAGCAUGUGAACAGAGUAAUGGGUUGCCUCGUGAGGUGCAUUCAGCAACACCUGCCUUCACUCCUAUAAAUUCACAUAUGCACCUUGACCAGCUUCAUGCUAACUAUAAAUGUUGGGAGUGUGGGGUCAGCUCUCAAGUGAAGGAGUCAUUAUACUUGAAUAACACUCUUAGGAGAUUAUUAUGAUGAGGAGUAGCUUGAGGGACAUCCUUUGAUACCAGUGACUUUUCACGGAAGCACUCAGUGCCUAAACAUGAAAUAGAAGUUCAGAGAUUGAUUAGUGUUUUGAUGUGCACCAAUUGCUUCAGUUGAUGCAUGGCACCACCCUCUUUUUGGAGGAGUAAAGGCGUCAAGUUGAUGUGCAUCUACGAAUACAGUAGUCACUGUGUGCCUUUUAAUACAAAAAUUUAGAGCCUUGCUGUUACAUUGAUUGUUCAGGAUUCGAAUGGUGGUUUAGUGAUUGCAUUUUAUUAUUUUUUACACUAUGUCAUUAGGCAAAGAAACUGAAUAUGUUGACUAGCGCUUAUGUACAGCCACAAAGGAGAUCAUUGGAAGUACCUUUUGUCAGCAGUGGCUAUAUUGUAACUUGCUGUUUGUCAUGCAAAACUGUCGCUGACAGCAAUUUGUGUGCAGCUACUGAAAAACUCUGGAUGUUUUCCAUAUGGUGUGUUGGGUGUUGUACCAUGUGGUAAGACACCUCCUAUUAUAGUAGCCAUUUUGUGAGGGGUGCAUGUAAUAUUUUUUUACAUGCAUGUAUAUGCAUGUAUUUUUUUUACAUGCAUGUAAUAUGCAUGUAAAAAAGUUGCAGUUGUUCCUAACAGAUUUUGUAAAAUGUCAAGUGAUUGAGGUUGGCUUCUCGGCCGUGGAGUGGUCGUGGUUACGUGUUUUGUUGCAGUGUUCAUUUUAAGGGGUGCCACUACAUCAUUGGAGUCCAAGCGUACAUUUGCUGUUCUCAUCGUUUUGUUGGCAGCUGAAUUCUUUUUUGGGAUUGAUUUAAUCUACGUUCCACGAACUUCAGUUUUUUAGUAAGGUGUGUCAGAAUGACGAUGUAUUGUUUAUCUUUAGAUGACGGGGAUAUGUCAUCAUGAGUUGUUGUGAAGUAGCUGGCGAUAAGAUUAGCUUAUCGUUGUGUAAAAUAAUCUCGCAUGGAAUUGCGGACAAUCCAGUUUGUCACUUUGCUUCAUGUUACACUUGUGGUUAAGCUUAUUUGUGCUGGAGCAUUAAGUGAUCUGUGAAAUUUUGCCUAUUGCCACAUAACAUGUUAUGCUCAGCGCCUUGCUUCAAAUUACUUUUGUUUCACAGGCAACAAGUGUUUUAUUUGAUUAAGUUUUUUGGGUCAGCUUUUACUUUUACUUUGAUGGCCAUGGUAGAUGUGGCUUGCAUAACAUGGGCUGCUAUACUGGUAUAUGUUUUUCAUUAAUUCUUCCAGUACAGAAAAAUUUUGGCUGGCAUUUUUGCUCUUCGCAGUUUCAUAAAUGAGUUCUUGACGGAAACUGUUCGAUCCAUUUCCAUUCAGUGCAGUACUUAGUACCUGCCAUUACUUUCGCAUCUGUUCUUAUGUUUUUAGGGAUUCAUCAUGCAUUAAGGAUUGCUUUUUUGUUAGUUAGUGCAACAUUACUAUCAAAAGUGGCAUGUCUACCUUGUACAAGUGCAUUAUAUUAACUGCCUUUUGACAGAAGUCCCGCCGAGACAUUUUUGAUGGCCUCUAUUAUUUGUGCAACUGCAUUUCGCUAAUCAGCAAGUACUAUUUACCUUUUGUCUCUUCUUACUUUUGGAGCUUAAUCAAAAUGAGUGAAUGGGAUUGUUGUGCCUUAGAUAUAACUUUUGUAACAUCAUGUCAAAAAAACAGUGUAGUAUAGAUUUGUUAUUGUCCUUGACUAUUAAGGAAAUGAAACAUUGUGCACUGCAUUUAAUGUAGUUAAGCAAUGUUUGCUGUGGUAUGCAGCUAUGAAAUGGUGUAUUUUGCCUGUUGUGUACAGUAUAGUCCACUGUUAAAGGUAAUCCGUAGCUGGAAAUGAAGCCAGUGUAACUUGUGAACACCUCUUCUUUGUUACGGGAAAGAGAUAGCUCACAUGACACAUUAGUCCGACAUCUACACAUCAAAAAUAGUCUACAUGGCUUCAUGCCUUAUUCCAGCGGUAGUUGGCAGCCACAUACUAAGUGUUUCCUUUAAAAAGGUACCCUGCACUACGUGCUGCCUUCUUUAUUAUGUGGCAUACCCUUAGCUUUUGGAGGGGGGGUGGGAGGGAUUUGUCAAGCUAUGUCCAUUGAAAGCUUCCACAUGUCAUUUUUGUGAAAUAUUCAGAGCCUUUGCUAUUAAGCAUUAUUUUUCGUCCAAUGUAUUUUGUAGUUGGUAAUUCUUUGAACUGUGACAAGCAUUUCUGUUUAGAAUGGACGUUAAUGAGAACGUCUGAAAAAGUUUUACACUGGUAGAUUACUCUUCUGAAUCUGUACUGGCACUUCUUUGGUGUAGAAAGAUCGAUUAUUGGCAGAGGAUAUGAAAGCUUAACAAAAAAAUGCUGUUAUUGCGCUCGAACUAUAGCACCUAUGACAACAACAUAUGGACACUAUUAAUUUCACCGCAUUUAUGCAUGCAAGAGUCUUUUCUUCUGCAGGGAAAGCUCACAGAAGUUCCUACUUCAAGGUUUAAGCUAAAUUGAGCAUACAACCAGCUUUAACCAGAUGCUGCCAAAGUCUGUGACAUCAUAAGGAACUUGGUGCUGGAAUUCUAAUGUGUCGUCGCCGCUCGUCUUUCAUAUCUGUUAUCUUUAUGGAACACCAAGCAUUUCCUUACGGUAAGAUUAACCCGUUUUGCAACUGGCAACCAGCUUGGAACGGUAGUCUACUAGCAUAGUUUAACGUUUUUCAUUAGUGUCUACUCCUGCAUGCUUGCACAUGUUUGGCUUUUGUUUCUCUCAAGUGAAGUGCCUGUGACAGAGUUGUGUAUAUUUUGCUAGCAAAUGAAGUGUUUACAUGUUUCCUACAACUUUUGCAACUAACAGGUUCGCGUCAGAUCGUUCACGUGCAAAUGUUGACUCUUCUCGGACCAUGUAAGAACGCACAUGUCUGGAAUUUGUAACAAAAGUUUUUAAAUGAGCCCACAUGGUUUUAGUACGUACUUCCUACACUCAUACUAGUGCCAAUCUCAAAUGAGUUUGACUUACGUCUAAGCCGAACCUUUAAUGAUCUAACUGAGGUCGACCUCUUAAAGGGACACUAAAGGCAAAAAUAUUAAGUGAUGCUAAAGUUUUAGAUUAGUGCUCGAGAAUCCCUAAGGCAUCAACAUUAUUGCGAACAGAACCUUAAUAAUCGAAAUGUUGAGGUAAAUGCAGGACAUGAUCAGAGACUCCCACGGGAGAUUCAAGUACUUGCCUGAUGACGAAAGCACUCCUCAGUUAAGAGGAAUCUCUAGCUCGGGUGCUCCUAUCUAAAUACAUGUAAAAGCAGAAUUCGUUUUUCUCGGCAACCACUGCACCAAAUUUGACGAGGUUUGUUGCAUUUAAAAGAAAAACUUAAAAUCUAGUGACUGUUGUAUCGAAUUUUUGAGUUAGGUCGUCAAUUUUUUAUAAAACAUUUGCAAAAAUCAAAAAUUUUCAAAAAUGAAACUAUCAAGUUUACAACUCUGUAACUCAACAACGAAAAAAGAUAAUACAAUUCUGUGAAUUGCACCUGAUAGUACAUCUGAAGUGGACAAAAUUGAUAUGUUACACGUGACUGUACAAAAAUUUAGUAAUAUGAAAAUACAGCUUUUGCAAGACCCUUGUAACCAACAUAACAAAUUCACGUAAGAUGUAAAAUGACACAUCGAAUGUGUCUGCUUUCAAUGAUCUAAUGGUUGCCAUUUACAUAACUGCGACAUCUGUUCUUGAUGCAGAGCUAUUAAUUUGUAAACUUGGUGAUUCUAUUUUUUUCAAACUUUCGGAUAUUUGAAAAUUCUUACAACAAAAUUCAGGCCCUAAAUCGAAAUUCCGCUUCCAACAGUCGCUAGAAUUUAACUUCCUCAAAUGCAACAAAUUUUAUCAAAAUCGGCCCAGGGGGUAUCUCAGAAAAACAUUCUUGCAUUUUACAUGUAUUUGAAUAGGCAGCAUCGGAGUUGGGGCCGAGCAUAAGCUUCCUCUUAAAUUGUCACUAGUACUCAACCACUUGUUGCAAAAAAGGUAAUUGUAUUGUAUUAUAAGAUGAAAUAAAAUAGUACUUGUCCAGUUCUAUUUUAUUUUUAGAAAAAGGAACACAUUUUAAUUACCCUCGACAACGACGCGGGACGGCGGAAGGCUUCGUCUUCGCUCGACUCUGAGCCGCCCACGCUUUCACGUUUCAGCAGUUUUGUUAUUGCGUAGCGCUGUGCUGGUUUUGCUGGCUCGCGAAACUCUCACAAACUGCCAGUAGCAGAGAAUUCAACUUCCAUGUUAUGUCGCGGGAUGCCCCAACGGUCUGUCACUUAAUCAAAAAGCAGCUGCAGUGGCGAAUCCACUGCUCUGUCUUGACUUGGUGCCACCGUCUCUCGGGCGCCAUUUUACUCACCGACGGCAGCAAAGGGUGGUGACGGCGUAUGCAACAUCGCCACACCCCCAGUUAGGUGGCGCGAGAUUUGAAUUUCGAAAAAGGUAUUUGGACCCUUCAGAUGCAAUUUUCUCAUAAACUAAGUCCUUUCUUGGCACUAAACAAGCAUUGCGAGGUUUCAGGAAUGGUAUUUAAACAGUUCGCAUCGACUUAUUAUUUGCCUUUAGUGUCCCUUUAAAGUUGUUCCGAGAAUACUUGUAAUGUUCCCACACCGUUCUGUAGACAAGUCAAUCCUGAUCUACGUUUAGCGAAAUGUUUAUUGCAAAGCCUUAUUAUGAGCGCAGAUUUUGCUGUUUUACGCAUUCACUUUGCAUUUAUAGUUUUCCUUUUGCCAUGGUGGCUACACUGUAUACCUUCUGAGCGUGCAUCGCAGUUCACUUCCAAGUUACAACAACUCCAUCAUGUUGGAGACAAUGCAAAAGUGCAGUUUGCACUUAGAUCUCACUGUUCAAUUAAGAACAUCAGGCGGUCUCAUUAAUUAUGGAGUCCUUUACUGCAGCUUGCCUCAGUCUGUUUCAGACAAAUAAAAAAUAAAAGUUAUGAAAUCCAUGUUGUAUAUCACAAAACCUCCAGAUUCCAGGUAAAGCCGGAAGUGCCUUUUUCAGCAGUGCUCAUAAACCAUGAGGUUUUCUAUUCGCAAGUUCACUGAGCAGUCGGUUUAUUGAGCAUUAGAUGUGGCCAUGUGAUCGAGAGGUUCCAGUAAGUUCCUUGAGCACUUUGAACAAAAGUUGUUAGUGUCCUACUACGGCAUGCUACUAGAAUGGUGAAUAAAGAAUAGUUUGUGCUGAUAAUCUGUUUAAGUACAAGCAGCAGGCUUCCCAAUGGUGUCAUGUACGCUUCACCAUGCAGCAUCUAAGCAUAUAGUGUUUGUGCCUUGUGCAGCUUGUGCAAAGAUAUUUAAUGCCCCGUAUAGCGUGCAGUGUAUUGAUGUUUUAUUACUGGUAGUAUUCACCCCUUGUACAUUUAUAGCUGCUUGAGCUGUUUACUGUCGAGCGAACCAAGCAGGGAAGGUGUUCAUUGUACAGCCCGUUAUAUUGUAGCCAGCUAGAGGCAUGUAUGCUACCAAAUAUGCCUAUUUCUUCUGGAAGUUCCCAUGUCCAAUUUUAUGGUAUAUUGCAUUGCCUGUUGUUUGUGCAAGCAAGUACAGUUGCCAGUAACCUUAACCCGCUUUAAAGGGCCUUUUUGCUUCUCCUACAGAGGGUACUAGAGAUUUCUUGUGGGGUGCAAUGAAUGUGCUAGUAUAUGCAUCUUCUUUCCAAAGCACUCAAUGUUUUCCUCUGACAGCUCGUGUUUGUAAAAGCUAAGCUGCUAUAGAUGUCUUCACUGUUUGGGUUAGGUCUGACGGCAGCAGUACAUGCUUUUAUAGUGUGAUUGUGUCGUGCACGUGUGUGUAAUACAUAAGGUAUGUAAACUGAAUAUGCCUUCUUGUGGCACCUUGUGCUGCCCUUAAAAGUGCCCAGUCUUUCUCAUGGCUUCAUUGUAAAUGUAGCUUGUUUUCACCAAGUCUCUUCAAUAUUGAGACUGCUGUUAUGUGCAUUUCAAUGCUAAGGCCUUUGCAGCCUUGCGCUGUUUCAUGAUGCAGUUUGGCAACGGACAUGAUUUGUUUUGACUAUCUUCGCACGUUGCGACUGUGUUUUGUCACAUCUUGUUGUUUCAUUACUUCUCCUGUUGUUACUGUUGAAUUUAUUCAUUCAUUCAUUACUCAUUCACCUACCACUGGUGUCGCGCAGGUGGCAUCAGUGGUCACUGGAAAGUAUUGCUGUCAAACUUACUGAGCUUAGUCUUGACAUUCAAAGCGCUCUUGCAAUCAGGAUUUCCUUUUGCUAUCAUUAAUUGGUUUCUCAAUGUGCGGCUUAGGCCCUGUAGCAGAUUUGCUUCUUUUUUUUUUCAGCAUUAGCCUACCUUCAUAAGUUAAGCACUAACGUUUGUUAAGAAUUAAGAAGUGUUAAUAUUAGACCUGUGCAGAUUGCAAUGACCUGUGGGUGAAGAAGUUUACCUAGGUAGUGCUGUAGAGGCUGCUAAGCUCAUUUAUGUCAAUCGUGAAGCAUUUUUAGGGUUGUGUGAUUACUUUCAUGUGCGCCACAUAGUGACUCCAGAAUCUUAUCCGCCCCCUGUUGAGGCAAAAAUUUCAAAUGGUACAGACCAGAAAUGCAAGUCUGCUAAUUUGGUUAGGUAAAGCUGUGCUAGUGUGCGAGCAUUUUAACAUUGCUCUUGCAACUUAAAAGCCCAUUGUAAAAGUUCUCAUUGAAGCUGCUGUCUCUUUCAUCUCUAUUCUAAGUACUGGAUCAAGCUUAACAUGGCAUGUGCACCAGCUGACUGAAAUACUUUUGCAGUCACUAGUGAGCAAGAUGAAUGUGAAAAACCAAGGAGCUUGAUUGCAGUCACAUGACAACUAUAUCGAAAUAACAAAGCUGAGGCAAAGGAAAAAAAAACUUUUUUUUUUUUUUUUUUUUACUCAUACGUGAAAUAUAGAGGGCAGUAAAGUAAGUUAACUUUGCCGGUAGUGGUGAAGGGAAAAGGAAUGGAAGAAAAAUCAAAAUUUCAACUCACCGGUGGGGGGUAGGGGCAAUGUUCCAACACAUUUUUUGGUUCUUUUUGUGGAUGUGCCUUGAACGCUCUGGGAAACAUUAAUGGGAGUUCAUGUCUAACUCCAACCAAAUUGAAGUCAGCACACUGCAGGGGCUUUCACCCUCUUGCGCUUGUCUACAGCCACCAUAGUGCGUUAACUUGAAUUUCGUUUAACUUAGAUAUGCCUCCCUCUUGUCCUUGUCUACUUGCGUUAAAAUGCUUUUCAAGUAAUAGUGGAAGUUUUUGUCGUUGGGGUAGAGGAAAAGUUCUAUGCCUUUUAGCAUGAGCGAAUCUACGAGAACUUGCGAAAGAAACAAGAAAGAGUUAAACAGGGGUGUUACACAUGGCCCUUGUGUUUGCAGUUUCUUCCAUAUCUUGAAUCAUCACAUGACGGGCUAGCAGCAGCAUUGGAGUUCAAAAUACGAGCCCGUUUUUCAGUUUUAGUGACCACAUGAUAUCAUCUGCUUCAGACAGCAUUGAAUGCUGACAUUUAUUUUGGUUGUUGUUUAGAUGAACUUGAGACAUUGUCAUCACAAAUGGUAUGCUAGACGCCACGUUCUUCCUGUUCAGUUACUGUCAUCUGCCACUUGUUAACAUGACUACGUACGUGCGUAUGCAUAUACACAUGCACACACACACAUUUUCGUGUAACUAAAUGCUUCUUUUUUAUAUUGAGACACCAUUUUCCUUGUUUAUAACUAGUAGCUUCUACUACACAUACAGAUGUCAUUUUUGUCAGUGUGUUAUGCAAAGGUAUAGUACGGUGUUUUCUUUCUUUUUUUUUUUUUUCCAAUGGUCUCGCAGCUAUGAUUUCAUGUUGUACAUUAUGUUAGGUAUAAGCUAUGUACUUCCAUUGCAUACUGACUCUUGUUUUUUUGUAUUCUUCGGUCAGUCUGGUUAUUUAAAGUGUGCCUUUGCUUUGGACCGAAUUAUCGCUUUCUUCUGUUCAUUGGGGUUAAUGGUGUACUUAACUAUGAGAGAUGGUUUGUUAGAAAUUAAGUGAUUACUUUCUUUUUUUCUUAUUCUUGAUAGAGCAUAUUUAAUGUACUAUUGGUCUCUUUUUAUACAUAAUAUAUUAUGUCAGUCAACGUAUACUGAGCAGUUUUGGCAGUUUAGACCUGUGCUGCUUUGUAUCUUGUGGUGAAAGGAUGCUGAUAAUGUGGGAUGAUAUUAUUUUCACCAGUGCGUUGUGCACACCCAUUCAAAAGAUUGUUUCAUCUUUUUUUUAAUAAAGUGAUGUGCACUGCA